CUUCGGGUGUGUUGGGUACGGCAGACGCCACGAUGCAGGGGCCGGUGGCGUCUGCUUUACUCAAUAUAUCAGGUUUCGAAGUUCAAACGGCUAGCUCCGGUGGGCGUUCGGCCAACACCGACAGUCAUACCGCCUCACCUUCUCCCACACAAUUGGCCGCUAUUACCUCGCGGUUAAUUCAAUCUAGUUUGCAGCCUUCGUCAAUCCCUACCUAUCGCAGGGCAUGGAAACUCUACAAUCAGUUUUCUUCUGCAGUUUUUCAAUCUGCUUCAGUCAAACUGCCCAUAUCGCCUUCAGACUUGGGUUUAUUUAUCGCAUUCAUGUUUCAGCGCAAUUAUGCAGCCUCGACCGCGAAUACAUAUGUUUCUGCAUUAGGUUAUUGUCACCGUUUAACGGGCGUGCAUGACCCUACAAAGGUAUUUUGGGUUCUCGAAAUGUUGAAAGGAUAUGGUAAGCUUGGCUCCGGUGUUGAUGCACGCCUUCCAAUCACUAUUUCUAUCCUCCGCACAAUUUUACAACAGACUUCUCUCGUUGCAUCUAGUGAAUAUCGCGCACUUUUAUUUAGGGCAAUGUGUACGACAGCCUUUUUUGCCUUUUUGCGGGUUGGUGAAAUAACGACUUGCCCACGGUCUCCCGGCGUGCUUCAAUUAUCUCAAGUGGUUCAGCUUGUUGAUAAUUUGGGCAAUAUUUCCGGUUUGAAAAUCAAUUUUGCGAACUUUAAACAUUCCUACAAUCAACCUCGUGUUUCUCUUACACUUCACCGCCGUUCCGAUAUUUGCCCUGUGCAGACAUUACUCGACUAUUUUGCGCGUCGCGGUUUAUCCGAUGGCCCACUUUUUCGCACUCUCGAUGGGCGCGCAGUAACACGCAACUAUUUACUGAGCAUUUGGCUUUGA